AUGCUUCAAAAGAUCAAGGAAUGGUUCAAAAAUCAAGAACAGCAACGGUCUUGGGUGAUGGUAGUUGACAACGUUAAUGAUUUCAAUGUGUACUGUGAGACUAAGGACCUAGACACAGCUCCGCUGAUGAUCCAAGACUAUUUUCCGAGUUCUGGCCAUGGAUUUAUACUCUUCACAACACGCUGCCAAAAGACAGUGGGGAUCUUAGCAGACCCGGACAAAAUCUUCAUGGUCAAUGAGAUGACAAAAAUUGACUGCAUCAAGUUGAUGCGAAAAAAGCUCCCUUCAGUUGACUAUGACGACGUAGACCUGGAAGAGCUAGCAGAGGAACUCGAACACCUACCAUUAGCCUUGACGCAAGCUCGAAGCCUGAUUCCAGACAGACCACCUGAAGAUGAAACUACUAUUCUCAAAGACGAAGAGAGGAAGAAGUACUCUACUUUAACCAAAGGUCGUGACGAGGGAGCCGUGACAUUGUAUCGGCUAGUACAUGUUGUACUGCGAAGCCAGAUGAAAAGCAACGACCAUACAGCGAGAGAAAUGGCAGGCAAAGCCAUGGUUGUUAUGUGUUACACAUUUCCCAUACCAAACGCCGACAAGUGGAUCGAUAUGCAACAACUCAUGCCACAUGUCAAAGCUGUGAUAAACGAAGAUGAUAUGGAACUGAGUAGUGGACUGGCAGUCAAUAGCAAGUUCGGGCUUCUCACGCAUGUCACAAACUUUCUUAAAACCUACGACCACCCCAUAGAUGUAUUGUUGCCGACAUGGGACGGUGUCUCGAAGAAGAUGGAGGAGGUUGUAGGCACGAACCACAGUCGAACUUUGCAAGCCAAGUUGGACAUUAUUCGGUUCUUCCAGCCUGACAGCGGUGACAAAGUGAGAGAGUUAGUGACAGAAAUACAGGAGAAGAUUGGAGACGGCGAUGCUUGGUUAUCGACUAAGACAAGCCUUGCAUCCAUUCUGUUCGACUUUGGGUAUAUGGCAGAGGCUGGCUCCCUGCUGGACUCGUUUAUCGACCAAGCAUUCAAAAGCCAAGGAUCGACGGGUGACAUAACUGAUGCAGCCGUAUGGUAUCGUGCCAGUGUAUUUGGCUCGCUGGGUCAGCUAGAUGACGCACUAGCUCUUAUAAGAGAGAGACUCCGAGUUCAAGGACAAGAGACAGGAGAUUUUGCAGUUGCUCGUUUUAUAUGGCUUGUCAGAGUUGUGAAUGCUGCGUCUGGGAACGGCGAUGAGAUUCUGGGUCUAUAG